AUGGCUGUUAGGAAGUUCCUAGCACUAGUCAAGAACUGGUUAAAGAUAGAGAUCAGAGUGUUCCACUAUGAUAAUGAGCGCAGCGCUGGAAAAGAAGUGGAGUUAAUAAUUGAAGCCGAAGGAUAUACAAUUGAGCAUUCUCCACCUGGCUUACUAGAAAUGAAUGGUCCUGCCGAGAGAUCUGGGGGGAUGGUAGUACGAACUGCUAGAGUGUUAAUCAACGACACAGAUCUCCCCCAUAACCUGUGGCCCGAGGCAAUGUAUGCAGCAGCAUAUAUCCUAAACAGGAUACUAACCAAGGUUCACAACCAAUGGAUCAUACCUUGGAAAGAGCUUAUGAAACAUGCAGCGCCAGAUGGCGUACAGCACUAA